AAAUAUGCAGAGAAAAAGAGAAAACAGCAGCACCGCUUCCAUCUCAACCUUGAAUCAUCAGGGCUUGAACAUCAUCACUCAAAGAGCGUUCUUUCCGUGGAAUGAGCAUUCCAUGCAGCAUCCUAGGUAUGAAUGACGUACCCUGGCAGGAGACACAAUGUGGAACGCUGCACACCAAUGGUGCACCAGAAACUGGUGGGGUCAGAGUCCAUGCAGGGUGUCCUCUAGCCACGGUUGGAGGUGCCAGGCAGGUACCUGGAGGAGUUCACCCUUUGCAGGGAAUGGCCAAUCCCAACCCCUGCACCCAGCCUCUUCUGAGUGGUCGUUCACAAGAUGAUGCCACUGUGGGCUAUUUCUUUCAAAGGCAGCCUGGAGAGCAAAUGGGAGGCUGCACUGGCAACAAACACCGCUGGCCCACUGGUGAUGGAAACCAUGUUGACCAGUUGCGCUCUGUGGAUGAGAUGAACUAUAACUUUCAAGCAUUGGCUCUGGAGUCUCGCGGAAUGGGUGAACUACUUCCUGCAAAAAAAUUGUGGGAAUCAGAUGAAUUGGCAAAAGAUGGACGUAAAGCAAUGCUUGUGGGUGAAGAAUGGAGAGAGAAUGCCUGGAGUUCUUCUCAUCAUGCUCUCUCUCAACCCAUUAUGGUGCAGAAGCGACCAGGCCAAGGCUACAAUGGGACUGGAGAGACGAGCUCAGUGCUGUCCCCACGCUCAGAGGGGGGUGGUCUUGGUGUGAGUAUGGUGGAGUAUGUCCUCAGCUCCUCCCCUGGAGACAAGAUGGAUGGUCGCUACAGGAAUGGAGGCUAUGGUGAAGCAGAUGCAGAUCCAGAUGGAAGAGAAAAGGGAGAAUCAAAAGAGAAGUCUUCACCUUUCGAAGAAAACAAAAGUCCUGAGAUGAAAGUUGGAGAUGAAGGGGAUACCUCAAAAGCAAAUGCCAGGGGAUUACUCAAUGGAAUGGACCGAGAUUGCAAAGACUUCAACCCCACUCCAGGUAGUCGCCAGGCAUCCCCCACAGAAGCAGUAGAACGACUGGGACCCAGUCAGGCUGGGCUGGAAAUAAUGGUGCAACACCACCAGCAUACUCUGCAGGCACCCAACCCUGUUACAAACAAACCUCCUCCUGAAGACUUCCAGAGUCAGGAAGCCCAGAACAUGGGUGGCAUGGAGCAGCAGGCGGGGCUGGAGGCUCUUCAGUUUGACUAUGGUGGAAAUCAGAUCCAGUUGGACUCAUCAGGUGCUGCAGUCGGCCUAUUUAACUACGACUCUCAACAGCAGUUGUUCCAGAGAUCCAGUCAUCUCACAGUUCAGCAGCUGAAUGCAGCACAGCAACAACAGUACGCCCUUGCUGCAGCCCAACAGCAACACCUUGGCCUUGCACCUGCAUUUGUGCCAAACCCUUACAUCAUCAAUGCUGCCCCUCCUGGAGCAGACCCCUACACUGCUGCAGGAUUAGCAGCAGCUGCAACACUUGCAGGUCCAGCUGUAGUUCCGCCCCAGUACUAUGGGGUCCCUUGGGGUGUGUAUCCAGCCAAUCUCUUCCAACAACAAGCUACAGCUGCUGCCAGUCAUUCUGCUAACCAGCAGGCAUCCAGUCAGGGUCCAGGGCAACAGGUGAUUCGAGCAGGGUCCAAUCAACGACCUUUAACUCCAGGACAGAGCCAACAGAGUCAGCAGGAGUCGCUUGCUGCAGCUGCCACAAACCCAACACUGGCCUUUCCAGGCAUGUCAGGCUACCAGGUCCUAGCGCCGGCUGCUUAUUAUGAUCAGACUGGUGCAUUGGUCAUGGGUCCUGGAACUCGCACUGGCCUGGGUGGACCUGUUCGACUGGUCCAAACCCCUCUCCUCAUCAACCCAGCAGCCGCACAAGCUGCUGCAGCUGCAUCUGUAUCAGGCUCUGGUAAUAGUAUGUCUGGUCCUGCUAAUGGUCUAUACCGGUCCAUGGCAUGCCAACAACCCCAGCAGCCUCAACCUCAGCAGCAGCUUCCUCCACCUUCCAGCGGUCUGCCUUCAAACUCCUUCUAUGGCUCUGGUUCUGUAGCACCCAGUUCCCAGAGCAGCUCACUUUUCUCCCAUACCAGUGCAGCUCCUCCACCUAGCACCUCUCUUGGUUUCAGCAGCACUAGUGGAUCUUUAGGUGUUGGAUUAGGCUCUGCUCUUGGUGCAUUUGGCUCCUCAGUGUCCAGUUCCACUAACAGCAGCGCAGUUCGUCGGGACUCACUUUUGGCCAGUUCAGAGCUGUAUAAGCGGGGUGGCGGUGGCAGCUUGACUCCCAUCGGCCAGUCUUUUUACAACAGUCUUGGAUACUCCUCCUCUCCCAGCCCCAUUGGACUGACACCUGGUCACUCACCUCUGACACCUCCACCCUCUUUACCCUCCUCGCAUGGAUCCUCAUCCAGUAUCCACCUAGGUGGUUUGCCCAAUGGCAGUGGCCGAUAUAUUUCUGCUGCUCCAGGAGCAGAAGCCAAAUACAGAAGCUCGGGCAGUACCUCCAGUCUUUUUAGCUCUAGCAGUCAACUUUUCCCCCCUCCACGAGCUCGAUACAGCCGAUCGGAUGUCAUGCCUUCAGGUCGCAGCCGCUUACUAGAGGAUUUCCGAAAUAACCGUUUUCCUAACCUGCAACUACGAGACUUGCCUGGACACAUGGUGGAGUUCUCUCAAGAUCAGCAUGGGUCCAGGUUUAUCCAGCAAAAGUUGGAACGUGCAACAUCUGCAGAGAGACAGAUGGUGUUUGGGGAAAUUCUACAAGCUGCUUACCAACUCAUGACUGAUGUUUUUGGCAACUAUGUCAUACAGAAGUUCUUUGAGUUUGGCAGUGCAGAUCAGAAACUAGCUCUGGCGACUCGUAUCCGUGGCCAUGUGCUGCCACUUGCUCUGCAGAUGUAUGGUUGUCGUGUGAUCCAGAAAGCUCUGGAGUCCAUCUCCUCUGACCAGCAGGUAAUUAGUGACAUUGUCCGAGAGUUGGAUGGCCAUGUUCUGAAGUGUGUGAAGGAUCAGAAUGGAAAUCACGUGGUGCAGAAAUGUAUUGAGUGUGUCCAGCCCCAGGCUCUUCAGUUCAUCAUUGAUGCCUUUCAGGGCCAGGUAUUUGUUUUGUCCACUCAUCCAUAUGGCUGCAGAGUGAUACAGCGUAUCCUGGAGCACUGUACUCAGGAACAAACCUUGCCCAUCCUGGAAGAACUCCACCAGCACUCUGAGCAGUUGGGACAGGAUCAGUAUGGUAACUAUGUUAUCCAGCAUGUUUUGGAGCAUGGGCGACCAGAAGAUAAGAGCAAGAUAGUGGCGGAGGUCAGAGGGAAGGUUCUGGCUCUGAGUCAGCAUAAAUUGCAAGCAAUGUUGUGGAGAAGUGUGUGAUUCAUUCAUCCCGGGCAGAGAGGGCCCUGCUCAUCGAUGAAGUCUGCUGUCAAAAGGACGGCCCUCACAGUGCUCUCUACACCAUGAUGAAGGACCAGUAUGCAAAUUAUGUUGUUCAAAGAAUGAUUGACAUGGCUGAGCCUGCCCAGCGUAAGAUCAUCAUGCACAAGAUCCGGCCACAUAUUGCCACUCUCCGGAAAUAUACAUAUGGAAAGCACAUCCUGGCUAAGCUGGAAAAGUACUACAUGAAGAGUGGAUCAGAUCUAGGCCCUAUUGGGGGCCCUACUAAUGGCCUAAUGUAGGGACCUUUAACCCAAACCUUGCCUCAUUCUAAACAUGCAAUGUUAAUUAUGGGCAUCUUCACCUCUUUGGAGGGUUACUCUACUCUAUAGGAGGGUUACC